CGCCAAAGCAGCUACAAACUUCAAAGCUCUCUUCUUCUCUCUUUUUUCUUUUUUCGUUUUUAACAGAUUCAAAUACAGUAUCCACACCUAACUAACAACACACCAUGGUCUUUCGUGAGGACAAAUCCACCCUCAAAUUCCUCUGCAGUUACGGCGGCAAAAUCCUCCCCCGCCACCCCGACGGCAAGCUCCGCUACCUCGGCGGCCACACCCGUGUCCUCGCCCUCCCUCGCUCCACUCCCUUUUCCGAGGUACUGGUGAAGUUGGAAGAGCUAUGCGGCUCACACGUGACCCACUUUCGUUGCCAAUUACCCUCCGAAGACCUCGACGCUUUGGUGUCCAUCACCUCCGACGAGGAUCUCGCAAACCUCAUCGAGGAAUACGACAAUGUUUCGUCUUUAAAGAUCAGAGCGUUCCUCUUCUCUUCACCUGCUCGGUCAAAAUCUUUGUCGUCGUCAUCAUCUUCUUCCUCUUCAUCGUCGUCUUCCUCCUCCACGUUGUCGUUUAGUUACCCUACUUGUACGGCGGUACCGCCGGCGGUGAUUAGUCAGGUGUCACCGACGACAGCUACGAAGAAGUGUGCUGGGACCGGGACAAAUGUUCCUCUUCCCUGUUGUGGUUACCGUGUUAAGGGGAAACGUGGUGUCGUUUACCUCAUCCGCAACGGCAACCAUUGGCACUAGCGCUGUUGUCGUUUAUUUUGCUGGAUGAUUCAACAACUAAGAACCCGUUUUUAUUUAAGAAAAAAAUAAACGGCAAAAAGGUUUAUAAGAUAAGGUUUAUGUUUUCUCAUGUUACAAGGUAACCUUGAUCGUGAAAUAUCUAUUGCUUGUUGAACACUCUGAAUUAUGUGAAAGUAGGAUACUCCAAAUUUAGGAGUUCAAGAGUUUUAUAAAACUCUCUUGAUGAAAAAAAAAAAAUAGUGAACGAAAGAUCUUGCUAAAUUGAGUUGGGUCCAUGAAUCUAGUGAAGAGUGAGAAUUUUUUAUCUUUCUCAAUUCAAAAAUUCAGGAUUUGAAUUUAUGUCCUCUCAUCGAAUCCUCGUAAAUUGUAUUGAUUUAUUCGAAAGAUUUCACUUCAAUUGGAAUUUGGUUAUUCAUCGUGUACCCCCGCUAAGCAUCCAUGGCUGAAUGGUUAAAGCGCCCAACUCAUAAUUGGAGAAUUCGUAGGUUCAAUUCCUACUAGAUGGACGCCAAUGGGACCCCUCCAAUAAUAAGUCUAUCAUAUCUUUAUUCAAGAAUGAAAUCUUAUUGGAAUCAUUUAAUUUAUCCUUCAAAACCAUAUCACAUCCUGGAUUUGAUGAAAUAGGAUAAAAUUUAUCUUUUACUCAUACAUAAAUAAAUUUAUCUCCUAUCUAUAUAUAAAAAUAUAUGUGAUUUAUAUGUUUUUCUUUCUUUUUUUUAUGUUUAUAUGGGAUUUUUACAUUUUUAAAUAUGUGUAGAAGAUAAAACUUAUGUAUAUAAAUAUUAACCCCAUAUCAUAAUAUGUAUAUAUGUGGUGUGAAUCUUUGCGAAGGAUUGGGGUUUUAGAUUGUGAUUCUUGCUUUGACCAUUAAUGAAUUUCAGUCCAAAUUUGUGAGGGUGAGUCCGUUCGUCCUUUUCAUUUUAUUUUUUUUGUGAUUUUUUUUUCGUAUCCCUUUGUUCAUUAGUUUUUAUUUUUGGCUCUGGAAAUUUAUCCAUUUGCUUUUGUUAUCAGUUGUCACUGUAUGGGUGGUCCUGUUACGUCUUUUUCAUAAAUGCUUUUUUUCUCUGUUUUUUUUUUUUUGGCCGUGAUGACCUUAACUUCUUCCUUGAGUUAUCCUUGUCAUCAUUAUCAUUACAAUUUUUUCAACUCAAAACUCUUUGACACUUUGCCCUUUGUUUUUUGUUUCUCAGCAUUUGAUGGAUUAAUAGUUUGACAUUUCUGGUCGCAGGUUUAGUGAGAAGGCUGAAACAGAUCAAUGAGAAAGACACAAUGGUUGGAAAUCGACAAUCACACAAAUCGCAGACCAAAAGAGAAAGAGAGAGAUUAGACACAAAGAUUUAUACUGGUUCAUCAAAUUUAGGUCUGUACUAUAUUCACCUCACCGCCACUUGUUACAAAUCAAUGAGUUUACAAGAAAAAUAUAAAUAGAAUUAGAAAAUCCUAACAACAGUUAUUUAUGGACCCAACAAGGACCCUCAUUUGGGACCCUCAGAGCGGAACUCCAGUUGCUUUCUACUGACCCCGACAACAAGACCCUUAUCGCGAUACGAAGUAUGAGCAGUACUCAGGAAGAAGUGACUUAGAAUGUUGUGGCAUGACUAUCAUUUAAUAGCAUUGUAGCUUUCAUUACUCUUUGCUCUUGCGUACCAAUGUAUCUUUUCUAUAAAAGUGGUGAUUGCCUGCAUCUUUAUCCACUGAAGAUGAAAAAUUC